GAGUCGCUGGUCGAUUCUUGCCCUAACGUCUGCUUGUCUGAUGCCAGCCGCCGCCUCGCAGGACUAUGUCAACAAUCUCAAUGAAAUCGACUUUCCGUUUCUUUGUUCUAAACCGGGCGGAGGAGAAGGCAAGCGGACGAAGGGCAAGCGGUGCGACUCGACAGUGGCUCGCGGUGCUCCGCCGUCGUCCAUUGUGAAGGUUCUUGAUGACCCUGCCAAUGCUCUUGGAAAGAGACGCAAGGCUCGCAUACUGCAGAAGUGUGCCGACAACUAUUUUCCUGGUCUCGCGUACUCUUUGGACAAGAAGAACAGGUGGUCUCAAGAUCCCGCUACGCUUCUCGAUGGCAUCGACGACAGCGAAGUAUCCGGUCAGGUCGUGGAGCGUGGCCCCGUCGGCCCAGUUUGUCGCUGGGGCCCGACCAAAGUGUUCGCUGUUCAUGAAAUGGGAGAAGAUGGGGAGGUAACGUCCAGGACCGUCAAAGGAAAUGGAGCUACGCUUUCCUCGCUGCUGUCACCUCAACGAGAGAAGAAGCGCGGAUGUCGUGCCCGACGAGAGCUGGCAGCGAAGCUCGCUCUUGAGGAGGAGGAGAGAAAUGGCUGUCCAGCAGUGGAAGAGCCUGAAAAAGCGAAGAUCCGUUAUACCAUGCUUCAGGAGUUUCCCUUUUACUACGGUCGCUAUAUGCGUCGAGCGGCAUCUCCGAAGUCGCGACGUGCUCGCGUGAAACGCGUUGACGUUAGCGAUUUGGAGCAGAGCGAACUGGAGCAGAGUGUUCACGUUGAGGAGGACGGCUACAAGCCUAGCAGGGAUUUGAAAUUCUGCCUCGGUGACUACAUGACCGACAAGGUAUCCGGUUUGAUCCAUGCAGGAAGAGAGCGCACGGAUAGCUCUAAACACCUGGACAUCGAACAAGUGGAGCUCCCCGAGUCGGAGACGAAACCAUUUGAGCUCGUAGAUCUCAGCUCCGUUCUUCGCGCGCCGGCAACUUUCGAGUUCGCGCACAUUUACACGGACAACUGGAAGGAGUUCAACUUCCUGGACCAGGUUGAAUCGCUUCGCGAAAAGUACGUCGUCCGCUGGCUCGACUUGAACUACCAGAGGGUUCUGGUAGAUGUCACUUCGGCCUUCACCUGCGAUCGAGAAUACGAAGGCGCGCGAAUCGCGAUGUUGACGAUCGAGCGUUGUCGAAAUAAGAACUGGCACUACCUCAGGAUUCUUCUCAAUACCACCUUCUCGCAUCCGCAGGAGUUCGACUGGAAAACGUUCAAGAAAUGUCUGAGCGAUAAGAACGUACACGAUAUCCCUAGUCUUGUUACGGAGACGGUUGCACUGCCAUUGAAAUGGUGUAAGCAUGAUAUUGAGGACACGACAGACAAGACAAGGCUGAAGCAGCGUAAAGAAUACCUUCCUCAGUACAAUGUUGCAGCAUUUUCUCAGCCGGUCCGUCGUGUGACCUUUGAACGUAUGGCCAGUCUCCUUCGUGAAGAGUGUGAGCAUCUGGAGGCCGACACCUUCGAAAAAGUUGAGCAAGACGAUUUCGAGAGCGAGUUGGAAGACGUUGGGAAGACCAGUCAAUUUGACAACUUGCCCACUCUGCCUGCUGGAGUGAAGUGUGGCACUUGUGCAACCACCAACACUAACGACAUGUUCGAGCUGGACGAUUGCUGGAUGUGCAGAGAUUGUCUAAAGCAGGUGGCCAUCAACCAGAUCCGAGUCAAAUGCCUUCCCAUCCGCUUGACGCUGGUCGUCCCACCUGGAACUACCUCUUACGAUGUUCUCCCAUCCAUUCUUCCUCUUCGCCUUUUCAACUUUUACACGAAGCUAGCGGCCCUGGAGUUGAUCGAACUGUCGUUAGACGAGGAUACCGAUCUCGGAGAGUGCCCUGGAUGCAAUCAAGCGGUUGAAAUCAACCAAUCCAACGAACUCGGCUGUGUGCACUGCGAGUGUGGAGUGGUUUGGUGUUCAGAAUGCAAAAAGGAACCGCAUUGGCCGAUGUCGUGUGAUACCGCUUCUGAAUGGGCGAAGCGUUGGCUUCAGCAAGAUCUCGAUAAAUCUCAGCGUCUCAGAGAAGUCACUUGCAGAUGUCUUGGCCCUCCUAUUGUGUUUGGAGAGCUGGAUAAUUUCGCUGAAUGUAAAAACUGUGGUAUUGGAUUCAAUCCUCAGAACAUGUACACUAUGACCACCUACGGACGUCCUUGCAGCAGGCCAGACAAGUACAUUGUGUUGAGCGACCGAAUUCUCCCUAAUGAGUAUGUCCCUCGCAUCAAGAAAGAAGUCGUGGAGAUUUGCACCAAAGCUCGCAACUAUCGCUUUGACAGCAGCAAGUGGAAUGAAUUGGAGAAAGCAAGUCGCGAACUGAAAGGAACUUCUGCGGAAUUUGAAAAGCUGAGAGAAAUUAGACAAAUGGUAUUGUACAUAGUGGAAUACGGAACGGCAUGGGUACAUAUGGAAAAAGAUCUCAGCGAUCGGGCUGUUAUCAGAGCCAACUUGUGCCAACUUCUUCGCUUAUAUGAAGACGUGAUAACUACAGUUGUAUAUAAAAGGUCGAACUUCGCUGAUUGCGUUGAGUCGCUGAAUUCUGCUGUGCAGAAAACAAUCGAGUUAAUCAAGCGAAGCAUCUGACCUGGAAGCCCUCGCAUCUGUAUAUAGUUUUGUAAUUAGUGUUGUGCAGUGCACUACCCCUUAUAGUCUUUAUAUGCAUAGCUUUUUGUAUACCAGUGCGACUUAGCAUCUUGUAGAUUUGUGUACAUAUUGUGUUUGUGUUCGUGUAUGUGCUGUACAGUCAAGUGAAAAUUUCGAAAAAAAAUAGUAAACGCUAAAUUCACAAAAAAAUUUGUGUUGUCGUGUCUCCUAUAGUAGUCAUUUGUUUAGUAUCACAACGUUUGCCAGGCCUUGGCCAAGUUCACUCUGUUUCUAAGCAGGCCUUUUACAUUGAACUGCCUAGCUCUAUUCAUAACGUCACCUAUUUUUUGGGUAUUGCUCGUUUUUGGGCAUAUCCAGCAGUGGCC